AUGGCUUUGCUUCUUUUCUAUCUUUUUGCGGCUGCGAAGUUGCUGAGCAUAGCAGCAGCACACUCUCACAUCGACUAUGUCACUGUGAACGGCCUCACCUACCCAGGCUUUAUUCCCAGGCUUGGGGCAAACAACCCACCCGAGGCGGUAGGCUGGUAUCAGACCGCUCUCGACGACGGAUUCGUCCCUCCCUCCAACUACACCACACCCGACAUCAUCUGCCACAAGAACGGUGCUCCUGCACGAGCACACGUUCCCGUCUCGCCGGGCGACAAGAUCCACAUGCAGUGGAAUGGCUGGCCAGCAUCCCACGUCGGCCCGAUCCUCUCAUACCUAGCCCCUUGCGACUCUACCAAUACCAACAACAGCGACGGCUGCGCAAGUGUCGACAAGACGAAGCUGGAGUUCUUCAAGAUCGAUGAUGCUGCACCUGUUUUCUUCAACGAAAGUGGAGGCCCGCCCGGAUUCUGGUCCACCAACACACUGAUCGCGAGCAACAACAGCUGGCUGGUCGGGCUGCCACCCACGCUGAGCCCAGGGGCCUAUGUGCUGCGCCACGAGCUCAUAGCCUUGCAUUAUGCGAACAGGACGGAUGGGGCGCAGAACUACCCCCAGUGCGUGAAUCUGUGGGUGACUGCUGGCGGAGGCAAGAGAGCUGCUGCUAGGUUACCUCAAGAUGGAGUGAGAAGGGCUAGAGCCUUGAACAAAAGAGAGACAGGGCAACUUGCGACGGAGAUGUACCACGCCGACGAUCCGGGCAUCAGAAUCGAUAUAUACAGCAACUUGACAACUUAUCGUAUUCCCGGCCCCUCACUGGCCGGUAACGCGAAGCCCAUCCCUGUGGCAAGCCAAUCAAACAUGAUAGCGAAGGCAGCGGGUACCCCGGUAUUAGUGUCGGGAACCACAGCUGUUCCUUUUCCAAAGGCCACAGAAGGCCCUUGA